AUGAAGGUCAGAUCCCAUGUACUACAGCACCUUCAUCUGGAUAAAAGUUACAGUCUGCUCACUGGAAGAAAUGUGAAGAUUAUUCUGGAAAUAUUUAAGCUCCUCGAUAUUCACGGGAAAAUGUGCUUAAACGAUAUUCAGUUUUAUCACUACAUGAGGCAAGUGACAGACCUAGACAAGAAAAAGAUCUACAAAGUAUUUGACAUGUUGGAUGUUGAUGGAUCUGGAGAAAUUGACUUUGAUGAAUUCUAUUUAUUGUCUUGCAUUUUGAUUGCCAUCAAGGAAAAGCAAGAAAAGCAGUUUAUAUUUCGCCAUUCAAGGACGGUGUUUGAGUUGCUUGACGAGGAUGGAUCAGGAACAAUAUCCGCUGAGGAGUUGGGCACCCUGGGCUUCCUGUUCAACUUCAGGUCGGAUGCAGUCAAAGGAAUUUUCGAAGAAUUUGAUGUAACGGGAGAUCAGGAACUCGACUAUAAAGAAUUCCGCAUGUUUGCCAUGGCGGCAAUAGACAAGCAAAAUGAAAUGAACCGAAUACAACGAGAAAAAUGGGAGAGCAAGAAACAAAAUAAAAUCAUGAAAGAAAAGCGCGAAAUGCUGAAAGACAUGAAGAAACAAGGGGUCCCACUGGUUACAGUCACUGAAACGGCCAACGGUAUCGUAGCACAGGCCGUAGAGGAACCGGAAACAAAUAUCCCAGCACUGUUUUUUAAACGUUUUGGUAUAGGGCGUGGCCGACGUGUCAGUACCCAUGACGUCGCCUCGGUUGAGGAUAAAGAAACAGGGGCCAUUGAAGAGCUUGAGCCGGGCUCUAAGUGUGUCGUGGAACCUACCGUCCUGACAGGCGUGUCUCGUACCUCCUUGAAGUCCGUUUUGAACAGAUUUUCCCUGAUGACAAGUGAGAAAAGAAAAGAAAAUUGA